AUGCCUGGCAUUGCCACACGCCGUUCCUCAAGCUCUGCUAGUAGGACCAAAGGAGACUGGAAAAGCUUGCUGAAACGCUGUCGGAGGUCGAUUUCGGGUAUGAUUACCUAUGAGUUUGGCCCGGAUGCUAUACUAGAGCCGAUCUACCCUGACCUUGAUGUGCAGAAAAAGUUCUUCCACGCAGGCCGACAGACAGAUAACAUCACGACUUUUACGUACCAUGGAACGAAGCAGACAAACAUAGCCUCCAUCUCUGACAUCGGCCUGCUGAUGCCUGGGAAGAACGGGCAUGCAGUUGCCCAUGGGUCCGCGGAUGGGACAGGAAUAUACACUGCCAAGCUGGGCUCAGCCUGGUUAUCGCGACGCUUCUGCGACUCAAACAGCAUGUUUGUGUGCGCAGUCUGCGACCCUAGCCAGCCUGUGCAAAGCCCGAAGCCACCAAGAGUGACGUUCUCACGAAGAGUGUGGCCCUUCGGAAUCAUCAUUCGCUACAGCCCCCACCGAAAGUCCGCCGAAGUCAUCCAUGUGGGUGAUGCAGUGGUGACUUUUCAGCAGGAAUUUGUGGUUCCGCUCUUCCUCAUUUCCUGGGACAUGCCAAAACCUUCAGCCAAUAUGAUCCUGAAGCAUCAUGCGUGGGUGCGAGCUGAGCAGCCCUGGGCCCUGCCACAGCAAGUGGGCCGACGCCGCCUUGCCGUGCCAUUGGGCGGAGAACACCUCAUAAGGUUUGGUGCUGAGCAUGAUCCCCUGCAGCCGCGCAGAGGCCGCGAGGUCUGGAUUGUCCCAGAUUUUUUCGAAGAACGUACCCCCUUCGAGAUACGGGUAUGGAGACGAAAGAUGGAGAGACGGUGGCUGUAUGGUUCUCGAAAACAUUGGCAGCUGGAAAAGUGGGCUAGGCUGGGUAUCUGUUGA